AUGGCUACAAUCACUUUGAACGACGGAAACAAAAUGCCCCAGGUCGGCUUCGGCUGCUGGAAGGUCGACAAGGAGACCUGCGCCGACCAGAUCUUCAACGCCAUUGAGGUUGGCUACCGUCUUUUCGACAAUGCUCAGGACUACGGCAACGAGAAGGAGGUUGGUCAAGGUAUCAACCGUGCCUUGGACGAGGGCAUUGUUGCCCGUGACGAGCUUUUCAUUGUGUCCAAGUUGUGGAACACCAACCACGCUCCAGAGCACGUUGAGGAGGCUGUUGACAACGUCUUGAGUGACUUGAAGCUCGACUACUUGGACCUUUGGUUGAUCCACUUCCCCGUGGCCCUCAAGUACGUGCCUCCUUCCGAAAAGUACCCUGCCGGUCUCACAGGCCUCAAGGACGACAAAUUGCGUUACGAGGACGUGCCUAUCUUGGAGACCUGGAAGGCCAUGGAGGCUCUCGUCAAGAAGGGCAAGGUCAAGUCGAUCGGUAUCUCCAACUUCACCGGUGCCUUGAUUGAGGACUUGCUCAGAGGCGCCGAAAUCCCUCCUGCCGUGUUGCAGAUCGAGCACCACCCAUACUUGCAGCAGAAGAGAUUGGUGGAGUGGGUCCAGUCCAAGGGCAUUGCCAUCACCGCCUACUCCUCCUUUGGCCCCCAGUCGUUCCUUGAGUUGAACCACAAGGGCGCCCUCAAGAUUUCCGGUUUGUUCGAGCACGAGGACGUUGCUGGCAUCGCCAAGAAGCACGACAAAACCCCAGCCCAGGUAUUGUUGAGAUGGGCCACUCAGAGAGGCAUUGCCGUGAUUCCAAAGUCCAACAAGACCGAGCGUUUGGUGCAGAACUUGGGUGUCAACGACUUUACGCUUGCUGAGGAGGAGCUUGCCACUAUUGCCAAGUUGGACAUUGGCUUGCGUUUCAACGACCCAUGGGACUGGGACAAGAUUCCUCUCUUCGUGUAG